AAUCGGAGCUACUCUUACUGCAAAGUGGGGCCUCACGGCCGUCGGCCGGAAGCGGAGCACAGGCGGCGUCGCGGUCGCGGGCCCAGGCGGCGGCAUGGGCUUCCUGACCGGAGUGACCCGCGGCCUGGUCCGGGGAGCGGAUAGGAUGAGCAAGUGGACGAGCAAGCGCGGCCCGCGCACCUUCUACAAGGGCCGGGGCGCCAAGGGCACUGGCGUGCACGCCCCCGGCCGGAAGUUUGUGAUGAUAAAGGAGAUGGUCCCAGAGUUUGUGGUCCCAGAUCUGACCGGCUUCAAACUCAAGCCCUACGUGAAUUACCGUGUCCCCGCUGGCACAGAAACCCCCCUGACGGCUAAACAGCUCUUUUUGCAAGCGGUUGCCCCUGCUAUUGAAAAGGACUUUAAAGAGGGGACAUUUGAUCCUGAGAAUCUGGAAAAGUACGGCUUCGAGCCCACACAGGAGGGCAAGCUCUUCCAGCUGUAUCCCAAGAAUUUCCCGCGGUAGAGAAGGCUCUAGGCAGUGGCCAUUGCUUUGCCUGUGAGCAGGAGAACUGCCCGGACCAUUAAUCCACAGGGAGACAUUUCCCUCAUUCCGUGUAUAUUAAAGACCUUUAUGUAAGAUAAAGCUGCUCUGUGUAGUGUUUGUUUUGGCAUCAGACUGUUGUGAAGUGAAAGUAUGUGACAACGGGUUAGGGGUACGGACCUAGGCACGGCUCUAGUCGCUUUGAGACUCUUUGGAGGAAGACAUCUUCCCAAACAAAAGGUUUUGGCAGUAUACCAACAGCAAGAACACAUCACUUAGCUUACACUGCAGGUUGAGAUAACCCUGGUUUAUUCGUCCCCAAAUUCUUCAACCCAAGGAACAAUCAAUGAACAUAUUUUUUAUGGGUUCCAAAGCAGCUGUUUAAUUUUAAAGUCAAGUGAAAGUAACUGCCCCCCUUGGGGUGCACCUAGAGGAGAUGUGGCGGCACAAGAAGUCAGUGUCAAAAGUAGAAUGCCUCUUGCAAUCGUCUCUUUCCAAUUUUAAUGCUUGGUCCCUCGGAUCUUCUAAAUCCUGUUGAAUAUUUAUUAACCAACUCUUAAGUUAAACAUCUUCAAAUCAACCUCUAAAGGAAGGUCCAGCAUUUUUUGGUUGAAAUAAAUGGGCCAUGAGCUGGAGUUGAUCAUUUUUAUUACACAGAAUCUAACCCAUAUUGGCAUGUUGCUUUGUAUGAUCAGAAAAUAAGGGAAGAAGUGUAAGCUUUCGGCUUCCAAAUGCCUUUGUCACAACAGAUGGUCUGACAAACAGUUUAAAAAAAAACUCAUUGCUGUUGAGGUCAAUUCUGACUCAUAG